CACUGUUCUGUUCUGUGGAAAGUUACCCUCCGUCUACAAUCCAGUGGUAUUAUAAAGCUAACAACACAGUCCUACUGACCACCCCGGACGUACUGGACAGCACCUACACCCUGGCUACCGCUAGCUGUCUAGACACAGGAGUCUAUACCUGUUCUGCACGGAAUAGUGUCGAUAAUAUAGAUGUUACCAGGGAUAUAUAUAUCAACGUUUUGUGUCAACCACGCCAAGAUCACAGAGUGGAGACUAACUACAGUUUUGGUUUAGCCACUUCCGAAACCUUAACUAUUCCUGCCAAUUUUCUCUCCAACCCAAUGCCAUCAUUCAGCUGGACAUUCCAAACCUCCCCAGUGUCACCUGCAACAACACUUGCUAAUGGGAGUGAAAACUUUGCGAUACAUAAUACCUUUGCCAUGAAGAACCUGUCUUCAUUGUCAGUGGGAACACGAUUAACUAUAAAAGUGGACUGGUUUGGAGUGUACAAUGUCACAGCAACAAACAGUCAGGGCAGUGAAACUAUCAGCUUUUCAGCUGUGGCCAAAGGAAAACCAGACCUUCCAAAGGAUGGAAAAGUUAUUUGCCCUUACCAAGACCGUGCUAUCCUAAGCUGGAGUCCAGCGUUCAAUGGGGGAUCUACCCAGACAUUUGCUGUGGGGAUAAAGAUUCAUCAGGAUGACAGUUUUAUAAUUGAUAAAAGCCUGAAUAAUUUAAAUGAUCCAGGGCCUCGGCAAAUCAUCAACAUUACAGUAUCAGGUCUGACAUCUGAUACACAGCAUUUUUUUAUGGUAUAUGCUAGGAAUGACUUUGGCAACUCAACAUUUGAGGAGGAAAUCAACUGUACAACUAAAGCUGAGCCUGCCCCUGAAAGCUCUCAUUUAGGACCAAUAAUUGGAGGAGUGGUUGGAUCGAUAGUAGCAAUCAUCGCAGUGAUUGUUAUCAUCAUCAUUGUCAAAGCAAAAAGAAGGAAGUCGGGAAGGAAAAGAAAAGAUGACGACACUGAAAUGAUCACAAGUAAGAAACGAUCAGCAGUGGAUGACAGUACAG